UCUGCAGAAAGGAGCAAUGGAAACAUCUGCAAAAAAGACCCAGAAGAUCGCUGUGAGUGUAAAGAUGGCUUUGUUCUGAGUGAUGAUCAGAAUUCCUGUGAAGAUGUCAAUGAAUGUGCCUUUUGGAACCAUGGCUGCACUCUAGGCUGUGAGAACUUUCCAGGCUCUUAUCGCUGCUACUGCCCAGAAGGCUUUGUACUGCUGCCUGAUAUGAAAACUUGUCAUGAUCCUAUUCCUUGUUUGGAAAAUUACACCGAAUGUAGCCAUGAUUGCAUCCAGACAUCCAAAGGACCAAUCUGUGUCUGUCCACCAGGAUCUAUUUUAGGAUCUGAUGGAAAAACAUGUUCAGGUUGCACUGCGCCAGAUAAUGGUGGCUGUGGCCAGAUCUGUGUACUGCAGAAUCCAGUAUCUUGGAAAUGUGAAUGUCUGCCUGGUUAUCAGCUACAACUUGAUGGGCAGCACUGCGCUGCCUCAGGUCCCAGACCAUUUUUAUUAUUUGCAAAUAGCCAGGACAUAAGGCGCAUAAACUUUGAUGGAACAGAUUACCAUAUUGUGCUGGAAAGACAAAUGGGCAGAGUCUUUGCGCUUGAUUAUGACCCUGUGCAAAAUAAGAUUUAUUUUGCUCACACAGGCCUGAAGUGGAUUGAAAGAGCUAAUCUGGAUGGUUCUGAGCGUGAGGAACUUAUUAGCAAUGAUCUGGAUUUACCUGAAGGACUAGCUGUGGACUGGAUUAACCGCAAAUUAUACUGGACUGACAGAGGGUUAUCACACAUUGAGAGGAGUGAACUCAAUGGCAUGCAUAGAGAAGUGAUCAUCAAUGAAGGUAUCGAUACGCCAAGAGGAAUUAUUGUUCAUCCAUUGGCAAAGAGACUAUUCUGGACUGACUGGGGAGAUAAACCUAGAAUAGAAACCUCUUCUCUGGAAGGUGACGGUCGUUUGGUGAUAGUUAGCACUAACCUCAUGUGGCCCAGUGGAAUAGCCAUAGACUACCUAACAGACAAGCUGUACUGGUGCGAUACUAAACAAUCUGUCAUUGAGAUGUCAGAUCUAGAUGGAUCCAACCGUCGGAUACUUGCACAGAACGAAGUAGGACGUCCCUUUGGUGUGGCAGUAUUUGAAGAUCAUGUUUGGUUUACAGACUGGAGCAAACCUUCCCUUAUGAGAGUGGAUAAGUCGACGGGUCACAAUAGAGUGCGACUCCGAGGUGGAAUGAUCCGACCUUCAUCUUUAGCUGUAGUUCAUCCAAUAGCCAAACCAGCUUCCAGAAAAACAUCAUCCCACGAGGUAAAUGUGUUAAUAGCCACAACAUUACAAAAGGAGGAAGUGUCACCCACACAACCGAGUUCCUCCGUUACCAAUUUCAAUGAGGACGAGAUUACAGCUGAGCUCCAGCCAAGAUCCACGCUUGUGGCGGAGAUAAUGGUAUCAGAUCAAGAUGACUGUGGAAUGCUGGAAUGUGAUCUCAAUGCUCAAUGUUUUGCCCCAGAAGGAAUUGGUAGAUGCCAGUGUUUGGAAGGAUUUACUGGCAAUGGCACAAUCUGCAGUGAUAUUGAUGAAUGUGCCACUGAUGCUUCCCUUUGCAGCAGACACCUAGCAGAUUGUAUUAACACAGAGGGCGGCUACGUCUGCAAAUGCCAUCCUGGCUAUAGUGGUGACGGGCUCCUCUGUUAUGGUGUGAUCGGCUCAGCCUUGCCUACUGAUGACUCGAUGGAGAUAACUGUCAGGAGCACUACUUUUGAAACUCCGACACACAAGCAAAAUAAUCACAUUGCGACUUGCCCGCUCUCGCAUCAGGACUUCUGUCUGAAUGGAGGGGUUUGUUUCCAUAUCCCUGAGAUAACAAUGUUUGCAUGCAACUGUCUGAAAGGCUACAUGGGGGAACGAUGUGAAUACAGCGACUUACAAUGGUGGGAGCUGCAUCGUGUUGAGGAAGAGAAGAGACGUAAUGUGCUUAUAGCUAUAUGCGUGGUAGUGUUAAUCUGUCUGCUGUCUGUGGGAGCUUGUGUUACACACUGCUACAGGCACCAGAAACACUUGAAGAAGAGCCAAUACUCUGAAGAAAUCAGUGACACCAGCAGCAGCAGCAUUAACAAUGUAACUGACACAUCGACAAACAAUGAGCAGCAGUUUUACACUGUGGUGGAAACUAAUUGGAAGAUUGGAGAAGCGCGUACAAUCCGUAUUAUCAGAACACAAAACCAUACCCAGGCCACAGCAUCAGUUUACCUGGACACUGUUUUAAAAUAAUUGGGAGUUCUGUAACAUGUAUCCACUGCAUUGUGCAAUGAGGUUACUGGAUGUCAGUUAAAAGAGCAACUAAUGUACAAUCACGAGACAGUCCACAGCCCCGCAUAGGAGCGCUC